AUGGUCUCCGCAAAGUUUAUCGCGUGCCUCGCCCUCUUCUUCUCCGCCGCCCUCGCCGGCGCCGCCCCCCGCCGCAUCGUCAACGUCGUCAAAAACCUCGUCCCCAUCACCCGCCAGUCCGAGACCAGUGAAUUCGCCGUCACCGAGACCACCACCGGCUUCGGCCGUAUCACCAGGGUCGGCGUCAGUGUUGUCCGAGGCGCCAACGCCACCCUAAAUUUCGACGUUACCGUCACCGCCAUCGAUGCUGAGACCAUCAACAGCAUGAGCUCCUCCUUCGUCGAGACUCUCACCGCCGAGGAGCGCGUUCAGUUCGAAGAGCUCGUCAGCAAUUUCGACGGCUCCCUCAACCUUCCCAUCUUUGAGCUCUUGGGCCUGAACUUCGCUGAGAGCAUCAGUACCGAGCAGAUCGCCGAGGCUGCCAGGAGCAUCGAGAACUUCGAAACGAAAUCCAGCGCCGUCGAGGAGAUCCUCGAGAGCGUCGUCGACAGCCGCAUCAGGAUCACCGGUACCUUGUCAGCCACCGGUCAGAGCAACAUCCCGACUGUCGCUUUCGCUUUCAUCGAGCUCUCCACCGUUACAUUCGAUGACGGAAGCGACCUUGUGGUGGUGUCCAGCAACCCGUCUGACGUGGUUGCUGCGGAUAGCGAGGGUGCCGUUCAGCCGUCUGAGGUUGAGAGGAUCAACAUUCUCUUCUGA